UGAGUCAGAGUCGGAUGUCCUGCCCUGAGUCUGGAACCAAGUCAGAUUCAACUUUACACCAGUGAAAAGGCGAGGAUUUGCAAUGCGCGCUGUCACUCGUUUUUUUCAUGGCAAAAUCGGUCAACUCUCUCCAAAGUUAAUCUGUGUAGUUAUUUGAGUUUCGCUCGAGAUACGUUUUUAGCCGUUUUCUUUGUGUUUCUUUUGGGGAAAGUUACAGAUACAGUUGGGUAGAUAUGCGCGUUGUUAUAUUAACUAGUGUGUCUUUCCGAAACAGCAGAAAGAAGAGGAGUUGUCGGAGAUUACGAUAGUUAGCCCUUAGCCAUGUUGUUGGGAGAAAAUACAUUCACAAUUAUUUAACAACUUCAUCGAAUUGACUUUUGGAAGAAUUUACUUUUGGAAGUUCGAUGAUUUGAGGUUUCCAGUUUCGUUCUAAAGAAAACGUUGCAUUGAUUUUGGCUCUUUGAAUCUUUUAUAGACAUUUUUUUUCUCAGGCAAAUAGUUUUUGUAUUGUUUUUGGAAUAACCAUGGAUCCCAGCCAGCACAACCCUCCAGCCGGUCACCAGAUAGUCCAUGUCCGGGGAGACUCGGAGACUGAUCUGGAGGCCCUUUUCAACGCUGUUAUGAACCCGAAAAACACCGUCGGCCCCCCCUCCGUCCCCAUGAGGAUGAGAAAGCUACCCGAUUCCUUCUUCAAACCGCCUGAGCCAAAGUCCCACUCCAGACAAGCCAGCACAGACGCAGGUACGGCUGGUGCCCUCGCCCCUCACCACGUGCGUGCCCACUCGUCUCCGGCCUCUCUACAGCUAGGGGCAGUGUCACCCCUGUUGGGCAUGGUCCCUGCGGGCGCCCCUCCAUCGAACCUCCGACAGUCGUCCUAUGAGAUCCCAGAUGACAUGCCCCUACCCCCGGGCUGGGAGGUGGCUCAGACCCCCUCUGGACAGAGAUACUUCCUCAACCAUCUUGACCAGUCUACCACCUGGCUGGACCCUCGGAAGGCCCUCCUACAGAUGAACCAGGCACCUCCCACCAGCCCUGUACCGGUCCAGCAGCAGAACAUCAUGAGCCCAGCUAGUGGUCCUCUUCCUGACGGCUGGGAACAGGCCGUCACCUCAGAGGGAGAGAUCUACUACAUCAACCACAAGAACAAAACCACCUCCUGGCUCGACCCACGCCUCGAUCCGUGCUACAGCCUGAACCAGCAGCGUAUCACCCAGAGUGCUCCAGGUAAGCAGGGGGGCCAGCUGCCCUCCAGACCCCAGAGUGAAGGAGUCAUGGUGGGCAGCAACCAGAUGAGGCUCCAGCAGCUGCAGAUGGAGAAGGAGAGGUUGAGACUGAAACACCAGGAGCUGCUCCGCACCAGACCACAGGAGCUUGCUCUGAGAAACCAACUGCCCACCAGUAUGGAGCUGGAUGGGGGAACCCCUAACCCCGUCUCAUCCCCUGGGCUGGGCCAGGACGCCAGAAUCAUGACCACCAACAGCAAUGACCCAUUCCUCAACAGUGGGACCUACCACUCCAGGGAUGAGAGCACAGACAGCGGUCUGAGUAUGAGCAGCUACAGUGUACCCCGUACGCCCGAUGACUUCCUCAACAGUGUGGACAGUGUCCCCCGUACGCCCGACGACUUCCUCAACAGUGUGGACGAGAUGGACACUGGGGACUCCCUGCCGGUCUCCAUGGGAACACAGCCCAGUCGUUUCCCUGACUACCUGGACACCAUCCCGGGGACAGAUGUAGACCUGGGCACGCUGGAGAAUAAGAGCAUGGCCGUGGAGGGGGAAGAGCUAAUGCCUAGUCUCCAGGAAGCCUUGAGCUCCGACAUCCUAAACGACAUGGAGUCAGUUCUGGCGGCCACCAAGAUGGACAAGGAGAGCUUCCUCACAUGGUUAUAGACCAAGCUGGACCUGGUCCUUCUCACUGAUAAGCUAUAGUAUACAACAUCGGUUUACAAACUUUUUUUUUUUUUGCUUCUUGACCCACCAAUUGAGGUGGGUGUUUAGUCAUGACCCACCACACGAUUUGAGCAGUGGAACAACAUGCUCUGACCUGCAGGUAUAUAGGAGAGAGGAGAGGAGCCUGGGAUGAGCUCCUAUGGGCUCUAUAGGAGAGACAGAGCUUUGUACCCUGCUCUUCACUCCUAUAGUCUACACGUUCACCUGCUGCCUAGUCAAACUCUCAGACCAGUGAACGAUGUGUAUUUGCCUUGAUUAAAAUAACAAUCUUUUCCUCAUUCCUAGAUAUGGAUGAUGAUAUUUGUCAUCGGGCAGUGUACAUGAUAACAUGGCCGACUGAGGCACUGCUUUUCUGUUGUUUCUAUAUCUUUUUGUUGUGUGUGUCUUCAAGGCUGGCCUGUGAACACACAAUUUAUUCAAAGGUCCCCGACUCUUUUCUCACGGCUAUCAUUCUCAAUCUGUCCAUCAUCUUUACCUGGUGCAGGGCAGCUGCUUGUUUGUUUCUCUACCCCACCUUUACAUCUAGGGUGUCUUACCUGCUGGCCGGCCGGCAAGGCAAGGGGCUUGCUGCUCUCCUUCUCCCCCAACCCUCCCUCCUUCUCCCCCAACCCUCCCUCCUUCUCCCCCAACCCUCCCUCCUUCUCCCCCAACCCUCCCUCCUUCUCCCCCAACCCUCCCUCCUUCUCCCCCAACCCCCACAUCUGAUCUGGGUGGCUGCCUGCCUGUACUCCUCUCACCUCGGCCCCAGGCUUCCUGACAAUAGCAUUCAAGCAUUGUAUUUUCCUGCCUUUUUUCUUUCAAUUCAUGUAUUUUACAUUGUUGUUUUAAAUAGUUUUUGUUUUUAAUGAUGAGCCUGAGAAAACCCCAAAUGAUAUAUCUGAAGUUGUGUAAAGAACUGUAUUGAUUUGGAAGGUUAGUUUAGGUACGUUAUGCUUCACCCCAAAUUGCACAUAUUCCUGACAUAGUACACUACUAUGGCCCCUGGUAGAAGUGCACCAGAUAGGGUAUAGGGUGCUAUUUGGGACAUAGCCUAGGUUACACAAGAUGGAGUCCCAGUUAGGACAUGUUAGCUCUGUGUGGUGGUGAUGGGGGAUGGGCUGUUGCCUGCAGCCUGGGCCGGGGACCCCGUAUACUAUACUAUACUCAGUGGUGGAAAAAGUACCCAAUUGUUAUACUUGAGUAAAAAGUAAAGAUACCUUAAUUGAAAAUGUCUCAAGUAAAAGGGAAAGUCACCCAGUAAAAUACAACUUGAGUAAAAGUCUAAAAGUAUUUGGUUUUAAAUAUACUUUAAAAGUAUAAAUCACUUAAAAUUCCUUACAUUAAACAAACUAGACCUCACCAUUUUCUUGUUUUUUAAUGUACAGAUAGCCAGGGGUACACGCCAACAUAAUUUACAAAAGAGGCAUGCGUGUUUACUGAGUCUGCCAGAUCAGAGGCAGUAGGAAUGACCAGGGAUGUUCUCUGUUUACUGAGUCUGCCAGAUCAGAGGCAGUAGGGAUGACCAGGGAUGUUCUCUGUUUACUGAGUCUGCCAGAUCAGAGGCAGUAGGAAUGACCAGGGAUGUUCUCUGUUUACUGAGUCUGCCAGAUCAGAGGCAGUAGUGAUGACCAGGGAUGUUCUCUGUUUACUGAGUCUGCCAGAUCAGAGGCAGUAGGAAUGACCAGGGAUGUUCUCUGUUUACUGAGUCUGCCAGAUCAGAGGCAGUAGGAAUGACCAGGGAUGUUCUCUUGAUAAGUUUGUGAAUUAGACUAUUUUCCUGUCCUGCUAAGAAUUCAAAAUGUAAGGAGUGCUUUUGGGUGUCGGGGAAAAUGUAUGGAGUAAAACUUACAUUAUUUUAUUUAGGAAUGUAGUGAAGUAAAAGAUGUCAAAAAUGUAAGUAAUAAAGUACAGAUACCCCAAAAACGACUUAAGUAGUACUUAAGUACUUUACACCACUGACUAUACUAUACAAUACGAUACUAUAUUAUACUAUACUAUACUAUACUAUACAUACUGCUGCUGCUUGGCUGUGCCAGCAUGUUUAUAAGUUCAACCUUUCUUUGUCAAAUCAAGUGCCUUCAGUUGUAUUUUGAGAGAAGAGCAAAGAAAUCUACGCCAAGUAAUAAUACUAAAUAAUGCAGUCUCUAAGAAGUUGUAUUAUUGCCGAACAAACAUCAAAAACACUCUCGUCUACUUACGUUAAUGUCCAAUAAUCAACAGUAUAUUUCUGUUUUUAUAAAAAUGUGUUAUUAUUAUGGGACUUCAGUAACACUUUACUUGACACCCAGCAUUUAGAACACGUUAUGACAUGAUCAUAACAGCUGACAUAACCUGUCAUAACACUAUCAUGACCCAUAUAUUUACACCUGUUGUGACAUAUUGUUUUAUUUUAUGGCUGGUUAUGACACCUAUAUACUGUAAGUUUGUUAAGUCCAUUGUUGUUUUUGUUGCAAUGAAUUCUUAACAGUCAUACUUUAAAUAACUUGUAGAAAAUACACUUUAUUACACUGUUAAGAAGCGUUAUGACCACCCUGUCACUUUACUUGCACUAAAUACACUUUAUAACACUGUUAAGAAGCAUUAUGACCAUCAUAAUCAGAUAGGCUUUUCACGUACAUCGACUUAUUUCAGUCAUUAGUCAAAAAGAGGGUGUCUUGUCCUGCUCCUGCAUUCGUCCCAGUCAUCAGGAAAAGAGCACUGGGGGGGGGGGGGGUAGGUGCAUGUCUGACAUCAAUCUGUGCACAAUUACAAUGAUAAUUUAAUAUGGUCCAUUUCAGAAUAUUUUAUAUUACAUAAACAUACUGUUGACAAGUGGUGUAAUGGAAUGUUUUGCCUUGUGUGCUAGGUUUUGUGAGAUUUUAUAUUGUUAUAUAUGUGUCAUAACCAGCCCUAAAAUAGCACAAUGUCACAACAGGUGUAAAUAUAUGUUUCAUGACUGUUAUGACCAUAUUAUGACAGGUUAUGUCAGUUGAUAUGACAUGUUGUUAUGAUGCUUGGUGUUUUAAGUAAAGUGUUACCGGGAUUUCUAAUUUUUAAUUAACCCUAGCUUCUUUAUAUUUCUGUCUUAUUUCUGUUUUAUCUUUUAAUAAUCUUCUAAGUUUAUUAGGUUUUUAUUUCAUGAUUUAUUAUAGAUCAAACUGCUUUUUAGUUUUUAGUUUAUCUUGAUGUUUUAUAGAUAGAUUGAUACAUUUUAACCGGUUCACCUUUCAGCACAUCACUGCAACAGAUCCAACUGACUUUGGGCUCUUCAGAACCAAAACCAGAAUCAGUUACAAGUUGCCUCUUUCAACAGGUCAUGAUUUCUGGUUGGCAGAUUCGUUAUGAUUUUAUCAGGGUUAUUGUAGCCUUAUCAAUCACACUCAGCUUUCAUUCUUUCCCUAUUACCUGAGGAUAUUCUUAAUCAAUAACCCCCCCCCCACAAAAAAAAUGAACAGUUUGAAGAAAACAAGAAAACAAAAGGCACUUUGGAUCAAUAACAACUGGUUUGAUGCAGUGUCCCAAAUGGCACCCUAUUCCCUACAUGGUUCACCACUCAAUACAUGUCAAAAGUAGUGCACCUUUUGAGGGAAUAGGGUGUAAUUUAGGAUGUCCAUGUCUGAAAGGCAGUCUAUGGACUUACUGCCCUCGUGUAGACCUGCUGUUUUGUGCUGUGCUGAAGCAGGUGGUGGUUAGGACAUGUUUUAGCUGGUUUGAAAAGCAUUUUUAUGAGGUUACUGCCGGGGCUUGAUUUGAUCAAUGGUAAAUGUGAGUUACAGCUUGGUGACUCGAGUUGAUGUACAGUUAUAAUUUCUCCUCAUGGGGAAAAAAACAAAAACAAAAAUCAAUCCGCUAUGAUUUUACUAAAGUCAGGAAUUGUUGUGAUGAGUUAUUUUCUUUUUUUUUUACAUUUCCUAAUAAUUCUUCUUUCAAAUAAUACUGAAUCUGCCUUCACGGGUGACAAAAAUUAUGAAAAUGAUUUGUUAUUAUCAACCGCUAUCUAUUUAACUACAUAUGUAUAAGCGAAUGAGAGCAUGACUUAGGGUUUGACGUAACAGAGUUCUGAGUAGUCAUAGAGGCAAAAUGCCGUCUCUAGACAUGGUGGCCAUUUUGAUUGACUAACCCUGUGAGGAUUCUAAGAGUUCUAGAAUAGAACAAACAAGUAUGUGAUUUUUGUUUUCUUAUUUUUAUAUAAAAAUGUUAUGAGUUUGUUUCCAUUCUUCCAGAACAAGAGAACACUACAGCAACAUUAUGUUAUUGCUAUAUUUCUUCCUCUAUGAUCAGAAUCGGUACGUUCUCAGAUUAUUUAAAUGUUGAUAACACUUAGGGCUCUAUUCAAUCCGUAUCGCGGUAAUUGAUUGAAAUUUGAAGGCAAUGCCUUCGCAUUAGCAGAGACUGCAUUGACGGUAAAAGCUGCAAAUGUCGGCUCAAUAGGAAAUUAGCUUUACAUUUCUAGUGUGCUAUCUAUAAGACUUCAGCAAUCCAGACUGAAUAGAGCCCUAUCACAUUAUCCUGACUGAAUAGAGCUCUAAUACAUUAUCCUGACUGAAUAGAGCCCUAACACAUUAUCCAGACUGAAUAGAGCCUAACACAUUAUCCAGACUGAAUAGAGCCUUAUUACAUUAUCCAGACUGAAUAGAGCCUUAUUACAUUAUCCAGACUGAAUAGAGCCUUAUUACAUUAUCCAGACUGAAUAGAGCCUUAUUACAUUAUCCAGACUGAGUAGAGCCUUAUUACAUUAUCCAGACUGAAUAGAGCUCUAAUACAUUAUCCAGACUGAACAGAGCCCUAACACAUUAUCCAGACUGAAUAGAGCCCUAACACAGUAUUCACUCAUAACGUCGUUCAGUUUCUUCUGGACGACUGAUGAUAUAUUGCUAGCUACACUACAAAGCCAAGAUGCUAAAUUGGCAGUAUUUAACUUUUUACAGAACAAAUGUUUUACAUUGUUACCAUGUACAUUUUGAGUGUGGAUUAUGUUUUAAGUCAUUUCCAUUCAGUUGAUUUGAUUACCUGGCUGAUCAUGAAUAGCACUGAUGGUGGCUGUUGGAUGGAUGGGUUAAACAGUGAGAGAGACAGAACAAUGCAACUAAAGUGAUUUUUCUUGUAAUAGUUGGUGGUCUGCUACUCUACCGUGCUUGUAUUGCACAUAUACAGAAUGUUGGCAGAAAUGAUUAAUUUGUCACAGAAGUGUGACUUUGGCCAUAGCUAGUUUGUGUAAUUGUCAGACUAAAUCAUAUUAAAGUUUAUUUGUCACGUGCGCCGAAUACAACAGGUGUAGACCUCACAGUGAAAUGCUGAAUACAACAGGUGUAGUAGACCUCACAGUGAAAUGCUGAAUACAACAGGUGUAGUAGACCUCACAGUGAAAUGCUGAAUACAACAGGUGUAGUAGACCUCACAGUGAAAUGCUUACUUACAGGCUCUAACCAAUAGUGCAAAAAAGGUAUUAGGUGAACAAUAGGUAGGUAAAGAAAUAAAACAACAGUAAAAAGACAGGCUAUAUACAGUAGCGAGGCUAUAAAAGUAGCGAGGCUACAUACAGACACCGGUUAGUCGGGCUGAUUGAGGUGACUACUGUUGACUGUCUUUGGAGCGUAGGACUAAACCCCUCAUGGUUAAAGGAUUGGUGUUUAGACAUUUAUCUAAAUGCACACAACAAAAAUGAAACUAUAUUCAGUAACUGAUCAUGUUAUAGAUAUUAUUUGCAUGUAUUAUCUUUUAUCUCCUUCUAUAAUACUUUGAAUUGGAAUAAAGUAUAUGCGUUCUGGUA